AUGGAUGAGGACUUUUUGAAGGAACUGCUGGAGAUGACAGCGAUUGAACGAGCAGAUCUCAUAGAAGAAUUGACACGGAAGGCUUUCGUUCUCAUGGAGGCCGGUGAGAUCCCUGAAGCCAAGCAACACUUGGAGCGAGCGAGCCGAAUUGCUGCUGCCUUCGAACGUCUCAAUCAGGAGGUCGAAAUCAUCCGGGAAAAGCGCUCUGCGGGCGGAAGAGUGGACGAGACACAGGCGUGA